AUGAUUCCAAGUCGAGUUCUGCUGUUGCUGUCCUUCGGCGUAGCCGCUGUUACAGGGCGCUCUUCCAAACCCAACUUCAUCUUCAUCAUCACCGACGAUCAAGACUUACAUCUAAACUCGCUCGACUACCAACCUGCUGUACAAAAGCAUUUUGCCCAAGAAGACGUCUCAGCUCCUUACGGCGGAUAUCCCAGGUUCAUCGAGGAAGGUUUCAAUGAUGCUUAUCUUCCCGUGUGGCUUCAGGAGGCGGGCUACAACACUUAUUACACUGGGAAAUUUAUGAAUGGUCACUCCACCUCUACAUACGAUGCACCGCGAGCCAGUGGCUGGAAUGGCUCUGACUUCCUGAUCGACCCCGGAACAUAUGUCUUCUACAACUCAACCAUGACGCGUAACCACGACGUGUACAGAAACCUACCAGGAGAAUACUCAACCGACCUCGUAGCCAACGCCGCAGUCUCCUUCCUAGACGAAGCCAUCGCAGCACCAGACCGACCAUUCUUCAUCGGCGUCGCACCCAUAGCCCCCCACUCAGAAACAAUCACCAACCCACGCCCCACAAAGUUCAACCUACCCGUCCCCGCAAAGCGACACGAGCAUCUCUUCCCCGACGUAAAAGUACCCCGAACACCAAACUUCAACCCCUCCAAGCCAGGAACAGCAUCCUACUUCUCCACGCUCCGCCCGCUCAACGCCUCAGAAAUCGCGUACAACGACGCCUGGUACCGCGCACGCCUGCAAACCCUUCAAUCCGUCGACGACCUCAUCGAGUCUAUCAUGGACCGUCUGAGCGAACACCCCGAGGUGCUGAAAAACACUUACUUGAUAUACACGACCGACAACGGCUUCCACAUCAGCCAACACCGGCUGCCGCCCGGUAAAUCCUGCGGCAUAGAAGAAGAUAUCAACAUCCCUUUCUUCAUCCGCGGCCCGGGCGUUGCUAAAGGCGCUGUGAUGGAUAUCCCGAGUAGUCAUACGGAUAUCGUGCCUACGUUGUUUCAUCUCGCUGGAAAGGGGUGGGAAGAGCGAACAUGUUAA